AUGGAAUCUAUGACCUUUUAUGGGAUAUUUUAUUUAUUUCAGCUCAUUUCAGAUGACGAUGGUGAUGUGGUGGAUGACGAGUUCCUGUUCAGCCUGUUUGUCGCCCAUCAAUGGCUCGUCGACAGUACGCAGCUUCUCGCACAGUUCAUCGUCACCCUUCAGGUUUGGCUUUUCAUGCGAGUCGAAGGAGUUGAGAAUCCGGGUUCGACUCUGCUUAGCUGUGAUAUACUGGAUUCGACGGUUUCCUCAUCAUUUCGAUGGCCAACAAUCACUUCGACAACUUGCCAUACGUUUUCGCGAACAUUGGCCAACGAUGUACCCGAGGAGACCAGGCAGAUGAUCGACGUUUCGAAUUUGCCGUCGUACGCAUGGCUUCGGGCACUUUCGGUUCGUCAACCGGUCGCUCGUCAGGUUUCGCUGUCAUUUGAGCAGUGGAGUCCUGAAGACAUAUCGACGUCAUUAUCGCAUAUCGACUAUAAAGUACUUAGUAGGAUUUCUAAUCUCUCGAAUUGGGUACAAAUUAUGGUUCUUAGCAAAACGACGCCCAAGGAGAGGGCUGCAAUUGUGACGAAAUUUGUGAAUGUAGGCAAGCAUUUACGAAAAUUGUGCAAUUUCAACACUUUAAUGGCGGUCAUCGGUGGUAUCACACACAGCAAUAUCUCGCGGUUAUCAAAAACCAACUCGCAGCUGGCACCGGAAACUAGGAAGGAAUUGAAUCAGCUCACAAAUUUGCUCUCUGUUCAAUCGAAUUUCGGCGAGUACAGAAAAGCGCUGAAUAGCUUAGGAUCACACUUUAGGAUUCCGAUUAUAGGCGUUCAUUUGAAGGAUCUUGUUGCUGCCACUUGUUGCGGUGCGAACUUCGACAAGACGAUGACUAUCAGCUUAAGAAGAUUACAUCGCCUCGCAACGUUACUUUCUCAUUUUAUGAUCUUCAAUCAACGGCAGCAUAAUUUUCCAGAGGCGAAUUUGGACCUGAUCAACACACUCAAGGUAUCGCUGGACAUCCGCUACAACGAGGAAGACAUCUACGAGUUGUCGCUUCGCCGAGAGCCACGGACGUUUAUGACGUUCGAACCAAGCACUCCGGUAGUGUUUGCCGAAUGGGCGUCCGGUGUGUCGGCGACUCUCGAUCCGGAAACCGUCAACAAACACGUCACGGCGAUGGUAGACGCGGUCUUCAAGCACUACGAUAAUGACCGUGACGGUUACAUCAGUCAGGCCGAAUUUCUUCAAAUCUCCGGUAACUUCCCGUUCAUCGAUCCAUUUGGGACCAUUGAUCUGGACAGGGACGGUCAAAUAUCACGGGAGGAGCUCAAGACCUAUUUUGUAAAGGCGAACAACGACUCAGUCGACUUUCGGUUAGGAUUCAAGCACAAUUUUCAUGAGACAACGUUCCUGGCUCCGACGUCGUGCAGUCAUUGCGGCCGUUUGCUGUGGGGUCUGCUCCGGCAAGGCUGGAAAUGCAAGGAUUGCGGUUUGGCGGUGCACUGUGAUUGUAAAGCGAACGCUGUGGCCGAAUGCCGGAGAAAGUCUAAUUCACUGGUGGAUUGGAUUUCACCGAGAAGCGAUGGGUCAAGACCUAGGAUAUUCUCAAGUCACAAGAGGGGUAGCCGUCCACGAACGGUGUCAACAGUCUCAUCUUCUCCGUCUCCCGAACCGUCAGCUCUACCGGGAUGCAGCCAUCAUGGCGAGAAGCCUGGAUGUCUGAAUAAGUUGCAUCUGCCUUCCAUUCGCACUACGCGGCCACAGUCUGAAAGCACCGAUUGCUAUAAGAGUCUCGGUCUCUCCCCGGACGACGAUCACGGUCUGGCGAGCCUCGCAUGUGAAGAGGUCUUUGAGGAUGACUCCAGCAGUACAUACGAAAACGGAAGCUGA